AUGCAUGCAGCAAUGGCUCUCUUUCUGUGGCUUAAGAGAAAGAGCAAGGAGGCUGAUAACACAAUCCGGCUCAAUCUUUUCAUAUAUAACAAUAUAUUGGGAACUCGCAAGCAUGCUGAAAAUCUUGAUUUUGUUGAGAUCCUCCUAAGUGAUAUGUCCGCAGAAGGUUUACAUCCUAAUGUCGUGACGUACAACGCUCUAAUGAGUAUUCACAUUGAUCGAGGGCAAGAAGCCAAGGCUAUCCAGAUUUUUCACGAGAUGCCAGAUAAAGGCGUGUCUUAUGCUCCUGCUUCUUAUUCUACGGUGAUAUUUGCUUACCGUAGGAUGGAAGAUGGAUUCGCGGCUUUAAAAUUCUUUGUCGAGAUAAGAAAUAAAUACCAAAAAGGCAAAAUCGGGAAAGAUGGAGAACAGGUAGACUGGGAAUGGGGUCAUGAGUUUGAGAAGGUGGAAAACUUCACUGCCCGUGUGUGCUACCAAGUGAUGAGAUGUUGGUUAGUGAAAUCCGAAAAUCUAAGCACUGAUGUACUGAGAUUGCUAAUCGAAAUGGACAAUGCCGGUUUGCAGCCCGGCCGUUCGGAAAACGAGCGCCUCAUCUGGGUUUGUACGCAUGACGAGCAUUAUCUCGUGGUCAAGGAAUUAUACGCUCGGAUUAGAGAAAUGGACAACGAAAACGAAAUAAGCUUAUCCGUUUGCAAUCACAUGAUCUGGAUUUGGUACGAGCUUAUUGCCUCCCACUUUAAUAUACUCUUAUCGGCCGCUCGGAGAAAAGGUAUCUGGAGAUGGGGAGUGAGGCUGCUGAACAAGAUGGAGGAGAAGGGGCUCAAGCCGGGUAGCCGCAAAUGGAACUCUGUACUUGUUGCUUGUUCAAAGGCUUCUGAAACUUCAGCUGCUGUCGAGAUAUUCAAGAGAAUGGUCGAAAAUGGGGAGAAGCCCACUAUUAUAUCCUAUGGGCAUUGCUCAGUGCUCUUGAGAAAGGGAAGCUCUACGAGGAAGCCCGAAAUGGCCACCCUCGGCAUGGGGCCCACGGUUGUGACGUUUAACGCGAUUAUCAGUAGCUGCAUCCGGAAUAAUUUCGGGAGUGUGGCAUACGAGUGGUUUCAGCGUAUGAAGGAUCGAAAUGUCGACCCGAACGAGGUUACUUACGAGAUGUUGAUAGGUGUUCUGGCGAGAGCUGCACACCGAGGAUUGCUUACGAGUUGCAUUUAA